AUGUCUCGCCGGGCCCUCCGGAGGCUGCGCGGGGACCAGAGAGGACAGGAAGAGCCAGGGGGGCCCCUGGAGGUAGAGGAAGAGCUGAGGAGCCCAGAGCCUCGGAGUCUGAGAUUACUGGAGGAGAGAGGUGUCAGUAACCUCUUCCAGCUGGUAAUAACCUCCUACAGGGGGGCAAUAACCUCAUACAGGGGGGCAAUAACCUCAUACAGGGGGGCAAUAACCUCAUACAGGGGGGCAAUAACCUCAUACAGGGGGGCAAUAACCUCCUACAGGGGCAAUAACCUCCAGGGGCAAUAGCCUCCUACAGGGGCACACCUCCUACAGGGGCAAUAACCUCCUACAGGGGCAAUAACCUCCUACAGGGGGGCAAUAACCUCACACAGGGGGGCAAUAACCUCACACAGGGGGGCAAUAACCCUCACACAGGGGGGCAAUACACCAAUAACCUCCUACAGGGGGGCAAUAACCUCCUACAGGGGGGCAAUAACCUCACACAGGGGGGCCAGUAACCGCCUACAGGUGAGUAACAUGGUCCACAACAGCUGUGGGGCCAUGGCUAGACAUUGCUGUAUACAGGGGGUAAAAGUGGCUUUAUUUACUGGAAGCAGCUGGAAGUUUUCUGUACCUGGAAUAAGAGCGAUCCAUUUUAUCAUCUAUUUAAACCUUUCUUAAAGCAUAGUUUGAUUGGCGUACACAUAUACAUACACACACACACAGCUGUCCGUGAGUGGUUCACUGGCUUUGCUCCUCUUCCUAAGUUGUGUUUCAAAGCUGUUGUAUACAGCAGACACACAAGGCGCUGGAGAAAGUGGGAUAUCUGUGGGAAAAGCAAGUCUUGUGGCUUGCCUGGUGUGUGUGUGUUUAAUAUUGCAUUAACUAUCCACUUCAGGUGGAAGAGGUUUUCGUCCACACUUUUUUGUGUGUGUUUUUUGUCUAAUAUGUCCCCAGCUAAAUGCAGAGUAUGAAACCUCACCUUUCCAUCUUUCAGAUUACAGAUCUCGAUGGGGACCCUCCAAGUGACCCAGAUACUGGGCAGGUUGCUCACUCCAAAGAGAAUGCGGAAGAAGAACUAGAAAAUGAUGGCAAGGCUGCUGGCACACAGGUAUGGCUAGUACUGGUAUUAUUAGUCCAAUAGUCAGAGUAGGACAGCUUCUAAAACGAUCUCUGUACAGUGUGGUCAGUGCUAAAUACUUCCUGAUUAAACAGCACUAUAAGCACCAUAACCACUACGGUUUGUGGUUACCCAGCCAGGAUUGUAGUGAUAUGCUGGAUAGGUUAGUACCAUGCUCACAGUUUGUAAAAUUCACAUCAAAUCCUGUUCAGGUCACACUUUAGUGAAGUAGCUUGUCCAGAGUCUGGAUAUGAUAAACGGCAGACAUAAAGGCACACAUGUUCUAUGGAAAUCCUUUCAGAGUUCCUACGCAUGGGUUUUAUUAUUUUUUAUAUAAUUUGAUUGAAUAUUGUUCAGUGACAUCACUGCACGUAGCGCGUCUAUUCCUUAACGCCAUCACGCAAAGCGUUAGGAAAGGAACCUUGUUGUCGCAUUCCUGACUUGUCACCUGCCACGAGUGGGUUAAUGUGUUUUUAUUUCCUCUGUACAUGGUGUGGAUAUAAUUGAGCUCAGCCGGGAUAGAGUACACUUAUCCCCACUUGCCCCUUCACUAUGUUUUGGUUCAAUAGUCAGAGGAACCUCCAAGACACCCGAUGUUUAUUAUAGUUUUUGUAGAGGGGUGCAAUGCAUAAAUAUCUCAUCUCUUCUAGGAGAUACCACCCGGCAAAACCAAGAAAAAGAAGAAGAAAAAGAAAGGGAAGAAGCUUGCCAAUGCAGACAGUCUGGUAAUUAGUAUGCUCUGUGAUUACACUUUGACAUCCUGUCGGUAUUCUCCGCUAAGAUUGUCUUGUCAAUAUCUGAUAUCAGGGUUACAAUGUGAACAUUAAAGGGACAGUGUAGUCAAUAUAACAAUUUCAACACUUUGAAUUGGUUCUAGUGUAGUCCCCAGGCACUGUGCCUGCAUUCAGAGCAGUUAUCACUUAAUACGUGUCCCUGGCCACCCGCAGUCCGGCCCUUUCUAGAGGUGUGGCUAAGGCAGAAUUUAAACACUUCCUUGUAGUCAUAUCCUUCAUACUGUUAGUUGGAGCUCUGACACUCUCAGCCAAUCACAGCUCCCGUUGCCUCUCGGGCCAAUACUUCCUCCUUAGCCAAAGCAGCACAGGGGGGAUGGGCUGCUGGGGACUCCUUAUUUAACAUUAAGAUUUAAAAACAUUAAAAACUUAAUUCUGAAUGAAAUGAUGGCACCAGAGGAUCCAGACACUAUAAGCAGUUUAAUGAGAUCAAACCGAUACAUUGCCUACAGUAUCCAUUUAACUAUUUCUGUAUGGAGCAUGGACUUUUACAUAUUCGAUCAUUCUAAUUGGAACAGAGAUUACAUUUUAUAGAUGAAUGUUGAGAUUUGGUGAACUACUGUGGAUGGUCUUUUCAUAUUAUAAUAUAUUCUCUUUGACCGUGAUAGGAGUCUGACUCUCGUGGGAAUGGAUAGAGGACUAGAGAAUCCAAUAUUUCAUAAAGCAACACUAAUAUGCACUACCUGAAUAGCAAGACUGGUAAUUUGCAUAUUUGGGUAGAUUUGCAUAUUGCUAAUUCUUAAAGGACCACUCUAGGCACCCAGACCACUUCAGCUUAAUGAAUUGGUCUGGGUGCCAGGUCCAGCUAGGGUUAACCCAUUUUUUUUUAUAAACAUAGCAGUUUCAUAGAAACUGCUAUGUUUAUGAAUGGGUUAAGCCUUCCCCCUAAUCCUCUAGUGGCUGUCUCAUUGACAGCCACUAGAGGCGCUUGCGUGCUUCUCACUGUGAUUUUCACAGUGAGAGCACGCAAGCGUCCAUAUGAAAGCAUUGAGAAUGCUUUCCUAUGCGACGGGCUGAAUGCGCGCGCAGCUCUUGCCGCGCGUGCGCAUUCAGCCCAGGAGGAGGAGAAGAGGAGGAUCGGAGGAGGAGAGCUCCCCGCCCAGCGCUGGAAAAAGGUAAGUUUUAACCCCUUUCCCCCUUCCAGAGCCGGGCGGGAGGGUGUCCCUGAGGGUGGGGGCACCCUCAGGGCACUAUAGUGCCAGGAAAACGAGUGUUUUCCUGGCACUAUAGUGGUCCUUUAAUGCAUGUGUUAAUUAUGGUCUUCCCCACCCUUUUAUAAAUAUGUAAUUGUUAUAAUAAGUCACUGUAUGUUGCCUGCUAUGAUUUGACUGUUUGUAAUUUUAUUGCGUUUUCACAGCAAUGUUAAUAUGACCAUAUGGGCUAGUCCAAAGUAAAAUUAAGUUUUAAAUAGUUCUACUUCACCCUCAAUUUGGAGUCCUGUCUCUUAUUGGGGGAAUCUUCUACAAGGGAUUGCUAUUGCUAUGCUCUCCCUUCGCUCUGAAGGAAGAGAGGUUCGGCCUGUGUUGGUUGUGGUGUCGGCUAGAGUGCUUGGAAUCCUCAAGAAGUGCUAGGAGCAUCCAGCAGCGACUACAGGAUGUGAUCUAUCUUUUCUUGCCAACCGGGAGUGGGAACUAGAACAGGAUUAUGUUUGCCUAUUCCAACAUAUAACGCCACCUGUCUCUGACAUGAUGGGGCUUAUUGACUGUAUACCACCAGAAGCAUUGAGUUUAGUUCCUCCUCCCCAGCAACCAAGCCUGUUAUCAGGGGACCUUGGUACUGUACCACAUAUGUCCCAACCAGCCCCAGAGAUGGAAGACCUUAUUGACUUGUCCCGGGAAGACACCCAGCUGGCAGGUGGAGAUGGGACCGAGGUGUCUCUACCGGCCCUACAGGGAUGCUGGGCAGUUGGCCCAGAUCUCCAGCGGCAGUAUGUAUCCCAGGGAGCUGAAGGUGCCGUCCUUCCUCCCCAGCGGCAGUGUGUGUCCUUAGGAGAGGAGACAGCUGGUCCCUUUCCCCAGCAGUCCAGUGAGUUACAGGAAGACGAAGGUGCUGUCCUCCCCUCCCCCCCCUCCAGCGGCAGUAUGUUUCCCAGGGAGCUGAAGAUGCCGUCCUUCCUCCCCAGCGGCAGUGUGUGUCCUUAGGAGAGGAGACAGUUGGUCCCUCUCCCCAGCAGUCCAGUGAGUCCCAGGGAGCUGAAGGUACCGUCCUUCCUCCCCAGCAGCAGUGUGUCCGGCAGGGAGCAGAGACAGCCGGUCUCGCUCCCCAGCAGCGGGACAAUAUAUUGAAAGGGGAGACAGUCGGUCCCCCUCUCCAACAGUAGAGUGUGUCAGGGAGAGGAGCUUGUUAUCCCCUCUCCCCGGCAGCUGAAAGUAUGUAUGGGAAUCCUCAAGAAGUGCUAGGAGCAUCCAUCAACGGAGGUACCCAGUCGGGGUGCCAGGUGAUCCGUUACAGGGUGUAUUGCUGAAAAAAAAAUCCCCAAAUGAAAUACUUUUUACAAUUGAGUAGAUAUAGCCCCAAUAUAACAUGCAUGUAUCUACACUGCUCAAAAAAAUAAAGGGAACACAAAAAUAACACAUCCUAGAUCUGAAUGAAUUCAAUAUUCUUCUGAAAUACUUUGUUCUUUACAUAGUUGAAUGUGCUGACAACAAAAUCACACAAAAUGUAAAAAUGGAAAUCAAAUUUUUCAACCCAUGGAGGUCUGGAUUUGGAGUCACACUCAAAAUUAAAGUGGAAAAACACACUACAGGCUGAUCCAACUUUGAUGUAAUGUCCUUAAAACAAGUCAAAAUGAGGCUCAAUAGUGUGUGUGGCCUCCCUACAACGCCUGUGUAUGCUCCUGAUGAGGUGGCGGAUGGUCUCCUGAGGGAUCUCCUCCCAGACCUGGACUAAAGCAUCUGCCAACUCCUGGACAGUCUGUGGUGCAACGUGACGUUGGUGGAUGGAGGGAGACAUGAUGUCCCAGAUGUGCUCAAUUGGAUUCAGGUCUGGGGAAUGGGCGGGCCAGUGCAUAGCAUCAAUGCCUUCGUCUUGCAGAAACUGCUGACACACUCCAGCCACAUGAGGUCUAGCAUUGUCUUGCAUUAGGAGGAACCAUGGGCCAACAGCACCAGCAUAUGGUCUCACAAGGGGUCUGAGGAUCUCAUCUUGGUACCUAAUGGCACUCAGGCUACCUCUGGCGAGCACAUAGAGGGCUGUGCGUCCCCCUCAAAGAAAUGCCAUCCCACACCAUUACUGACCCACUGCCAAACCAGUCAUGCUGUAGGAUGUUGCAGGCAGCAGAACGUUCUCCACGGCGUCUCCAGACUCUGUCACGUCUGUUACAUGCGCUCAGUGUGAACCUGCUUUCAUCUGUGAAGGGCACAGGGCGCCAGUGGCGAAAUUGCCAAUCUUGGUGUUCUCUGGCAAAUGCCAAACGUCCUGCACGGUGUUGGGCUGUAAGCACAACCCCCUCCUUUGGACGUCGGGCCCUCAUACCACCCUUAUGGAGUCUGUUUCUGACCGUUUGAGCAGACACAUGCACAUUUGUGGCCUGCUGGAGGUCAUUUUGCAGGGCUCUGGCAGUGCUCCUCCUGUUCCUCCUUGCACAAAGGCGGAGGUAGCGGUCCUGCUGCUGGGUUGUUGGCCUCCUCCACGUCUCCUGAUGUACUGGCCUGUCUCUUGGUAGCGCCUCCAUGCUCUGGACACUACGCUGACAGACACAGCAAACCUUCUUGCCACAGCUCGCAUUGAUGUGCCAUCCUGGAUGAGCUGCACUACCUGAGCCACUUGUGUGGGUUGUAGACUCCGUCUCAUGCUACCACUAGAGUGAAAGCACCGCCAGCAUUCAAAAGUGAUCAAAACAUCAGCCAGGAAGCAUAGGAACUGAGAAGUGGUCUGUGGUCACCACCUGCAGAACCACUCCUUUAUUGGGGGUGUCUUGCUAAUUGCCUAUAAUUUCCACCUGUUGUCUAUCCCAUUUGCACAACAGCAUGUGAAAUUGAUUGUCACUCAGUGUUGCUUCCUAAGUGGACAGUUUGAUUUCACAGAAGUGUGAUUGACUUGGAGUUACAUUGUGUUGUUUAAGUGUUCCCUUUAUUUUUUUGAGCAGUGUAUUUGUUUUCUUUCAUUGGGGUCUUUCUAAAAACUGCUUGUAAAAGCAGCAGAUCUCUUGUCUGUAGCCUUUGCAAGAUCUCCCCAUCUAACCCCGCCCAGACUUUCUGUGGCUGUCCAAUCACGGACAUACCAAUGCAGCUCAAUGAGAGGUAUUUGCAAAGCAGGUACUCUGAGCAAUCUCCACUGAGUUAAACAAUCAGGAAGUAACAGGACCUGUUGCCUGACAGUCACAGAAGGGUAACAAGGUUAAUUUAUUAAAGUGUCAAUGUCUAUUGAAAUCUGCACGGUUUAUAAAAUGGGGGGAAACAAGAGGACACACUCUUCACACAUAAAGCAUUCAGCAAGGUAAAACUGCUUUAAAUGUUUGGAGUGUUAAUUUACUGUAUCAUAAAACUGGACAAUCAAAAGGGCCUGGGAAUCCUACAGGCAAGAAGUAGUCAGUAGACAUAUUUUGAUACAGUGUCUUAGACCGGUCCAUAGGGGUAGCCAUUAUUUAUAGGUUUGUGCUGUGGUUAUAACUGAUCUCAGUAGCCUGGUUUGUGUGUGAAUGACCAUUCUGUAACAUUGCUAGCAGUGAUUGCUUUACCUGUGUCCAUCCACUCACUGUGCACUGGUUCCUCCUGUCUGCAGCCUGACGCAGGGAUUGAUGACGCGGAUGAGCUUGGCGAUAUAGACCGCAUAUUGGACCACAUAGAAAAUUCCAAUGGAUUCACCUAUCACAACCAGAUUAGUGGCAUCUCGGACACGCGACCCUUGCUAUAUGUGGAGCACAGGUAUACACACCCACUAUACAGAAAAGCAUGUUCAGGAUUUGCUUGUUUGUUUUUUGAUUUUCUUUCUUCAAAGAUCCUACAACACAUUUACAGAAAAAAAUAAUCAAUGGAAAUACUUAGAGCAACCUGGGCAGAAAUCAGAUAAAUGGGUAUCCCCCCCCCAAAAACACAUUCUGCAACUGGCAAUCCUUCUUAAUGUCAGUCAGACCAUUUUUGUUUUAAAUUUAUAUUGUAGACCGUACCUUUAAAGGACCACUAUAGGCACCCAAACCACUUCAGUUUAAUGAAGUGGUCUGGGUGCCAGGUCCAGAUAGGAUUAACCCUUUCUGCUGUAAACCUAGCAUUUUCAGAGAAACUGCUAUGUUUACCUAUGGGUUAAUCCAGCCUCUAGUGGCUGUCUCACUGACAGCCGCUAGAGGCGCUUCCGCGCUUCUCACUGUGAUUUUCACAGUGAGAAGACACCAGCGUCCAUAGGAAAGAGAAUGCUUUCUUAUGGACUGGCUGAAUGCGCGUGGCUCGUGCCACGCAUGCGCAUUCAGCCGAUGACGGGGAAAGGAGGAGGAAAGUCCCCAGCACCAGAAAAAGGUAUAGGAUUAACCCCUUCCUCACCCUAGAGCAUGGCUGGAGGGGGGCCCAGAGGGUGAGGGGGACCCUAUAGAGCCAGGAAAACGAGUAUGUUUUCCUGGCACUAUAGUGGUCCUUUAAAACAUAUAUGCAAAAUAAUAAAUUGAUACUCACAUGUGAAGGUCCUGCAUUUGUUGUAAACUCUGGGCUUUGCUACUUCUGCAGUGAGCUCUGCUCAGACCUGAAAGUAAUCCACCAAACAUGAUGCUCUGUCAUGAACAAAUGGGGGGGUUUUGUUGGGGUUUUUUGUGCAAAAAUUGAAUUCUUCAGGAUUGGAGGGAGAGGUGUACUGUGCAGCCUAUGCACGGGAUACGCUUUGGAGAAUAGCUUACAUUUAGAUUGCAUCACUUGCUUAGUUUCCUUUUAUGAGCAACUGUAAAAUUUUGUGAAUAGGGAAACUCCAAACGGAACGUUCUCUCUCCUAUGAGACAUAUUACUAUAGCCAAGAAGGCACGGACACUUAUGAUCUUAAUGACUAAAGGUUCAAACAAUGUAGAUGGAAUAAUAUGUGAAAUUGUAGUAUCAAAUAAAAUAGGACUUUAGAUUGAUGGAGCACAGUUAACUAUAGUCCGAGAUUGGAGUUGGAUUGAGGAUGUUUUCUGCCUGUCUAUACGAUUCUAGGGUUCAAUCCGUGUAACAAUUUAUACACCCAUGUUUUGUACAUGUUACUGAAUAUUACGGCACUGUUGACCGUUUAAAUUGCCAUUUCAUGGACGAUCCCUUGGAUCUAUAUGACUUAGACCUUGGCUUUAAAAUUCUAGUCCUGUGUUACUAGUCAGGCCUUUAAGGUUACUUGCCACUUCGUCACACUCAUCAGAGGUGAAUUUCUACUUGCCAGGGCUAUAUUUUCACUCAUUAAAAACUAGUGUCGACUGGAGAUUUUGUGCCCUGACGUAGGCUUCUUGUGGAAUAAUUAAAGUUAAAAGAAACAAAUCUACAUUCUAUUUUAUUCAGAUGUUGUAAAUCAUGACUUUAAAAUGACUAGCACACUAUUUACUUACUACCUCUCCUCUAAUGAUUUCUUUCACAUGUGGAGGUAUUCUUGUGCUAGUGUUAUACUUUUGACAGCUCAAUGUGUGUUUAAUUAUCUUGGAUGUGCUCCUUCCCAUGUACAGAAACCUGAGUGCAGAGACAGAGCUGAAGAAGUACUUUGGUUCCCGUGCGGUUAUGGGAGAUCAGAGGUGGGUCAUUCAUUACUGGGAAGAUGCUGUAAAAGGAGGAUGGAGAAGUAUAUUAAACACAUCUACACUUAAAAACAAUCUUAACCAGUUAAGCUAAUAAAGAGACAUCAUAACGUGUCAAGCUUUUUUUUUUUUUUUUUUUUUCAUGCAUCUUAAAUGUUUAAUCUUCUAAAUCAGUGAAAGUAGAAAGGGAAGCCGAUUAAUACUCUAAUUUUGGGAGAAGAUAUAAAAGUCCAUAGGGUAAAUAGUUUUUAUAUUUCAACAAGAAUAAUGGGACAUAUUAGAAACAAAUACACAAUAUAGAAACCCAAAAACCGAACCUCCUUAAUAAAAUAUUGACUGUAAGAAGUGCAUUGCGUUUCACAGACAGCGGCAGAGGCAACGUCCACAUCAGCGAAGCACCUGGCUGACCUCACCAAAGAACACGUGGCCAAGAUACAGUAAGACAGGUGAGUUCUGGAAGAGAAUCCUAAAUGGGAUGAGCAGAACUAUGAUCAGAUUUAUGGAAUUCAUCCAUCCAAGAAAACAUGAACAGGAACUGCUUCAAUAUAUUUCAUGAAUCUUUUAUGUGGAACCAAACAAAGGCAUCGCGCUCCCCCCUUACAAAUCUAAAGAGAUUUCCAUGUAUCCACACUAAGGGAAACUGUUAAUUCUAGGCUCCAAGAUAACAAUGAGAUCUCUCUGGAUCAGUAAUCUGUUAUUAAUAAAGGCUGUGUUAACCCUAAAAAGUCAUAUAUCCUGCUUUGUUUUAAUAAAAAAUAUUCACUGUUUAUUAAAGGCAUCAGUGUGCCAGAUCUCUCUACUUUGUACAGUUCUGUUAGUGAACAGAUCACUACUGGUAAAUUUGUAUACUUUUAUAAUUUGCCAUUUAGAUACUUUUUGGUAGUUUAAUUAUUGAUUGUGAUCAAGAACCCUCCCAUUCUAUUUCUGUUCAUUUUAAUUGUUUAUUUUUAAUGUUACUCUGCCCACCUCAGGCAUUACCAUGAGCCUCCUAGAGACCCGGCGGGGAGUCCAGUAUUUUACAUUUGAACACCAGCGAGAUUACCAGCAAGUGCAAUUCAAAUUCCUGGAUGCUGUGGAGUCCAUGGAUCCCAAUAACAUUGUGGUUUGUGAUAAAACCUAUAACUGAUUUUGUUCUCCCUGUUUAGAUUGCUUGUUUAGCGGAGCUGCUUUUGGACUGUACACAGGUCUGGAGAAUAUGAAAAUUAUUCUCCAGGAGUAUAGCUUGCCAGUGCAAGUAGUACCAUGAAACCACCAUCCUGCAAAACUGCUAUUUCCUUUUAAAAAAUAUUGUCCCUGCUCCCUCCCCCUUCUAUCCUACUUUUUCCAGUCUAAGUCUCCUUGGCUUGCCCGGCUGCUAACAGUCUCCUUGGCUUGCCCGGCUGCUAACAGUCUCCUUGGCUUGUCUUGCAGCUGCUCCUGCAGAUGAACCCAUACCAUGUAGAUUCCUUGCUCCAGCUCAGCGAUGUCUGCCGUCAACAGGAAGACCAGGAAAUGGCUCGAGAUCUAAUAGGUAAGUGGUGGGUCAUGGCUCCAGCUAAUUUUCUGUAGUCUGUUUGCACAGGUUAGAUUAUGGAGGGCACAACUGCUUAUAUGGAUGUUAUUUUCCAACAGAGAGAGCACUGUACAGCCUGGAGUGUGGUUUCCAUCCUGUGUUUAGUCUCACCAGUGGGACAUGCCGAUUGGACUACUGCCGACCAGAGAACAGGUCCGUAACCAAACAUCUCUCUGCUAAACUACAUCCCUGUUCCUAUGGUAGUGAAUCUGUAGUGUAAACAUUAACUUCUGGUACUAGCCACAGCAGUGUGAUGGUUUACCGAAGAACUCCAUAUUUUUUUUAAACGGCAAUUCCCAUUAUACUCAGCCAGCCUUGCAGGCCGAGUGUCAUGAGAAGUGUUUAGAAAAAUUGGUGAUUUCACAUUAGACAUGAUGCCGCCUCUUUGAAUUCCUUCUGUAAUUGCUGAAAGCCUUUAUGGGAGCGUGCCAGCUGUGUAAUAUUUUAUCAAGCUAUCUACCAAGAGCUUCAGCACUCUCUGCCAACCCCAAGAUGGUAAAAAACAUUGUUACAUAGGCUGAAUGGUUUGUCUUCUUACGCGUAGUCCACCUGGCUCAACUCCCUGUAUCCACUACUAAUGCGGGAUAGCUGGAAUUUUACUGAGCUAAGCCGUGCGAGCUAACUGGGUAUGGUGCUUGUAGUGUUCCUUCAAACUAAUACAAAUUAUUUAAAAUUCUGCAUAAUUUAGAAUGAUGGGAACUGUAGAAACACCCUUGAGGAUUACACCCAACCUGUAGCGUUCGACUUGUGCAGCUUUGUAGGUGAUGAACAUUCUAUUAUCCAGCAUUCUCUCCUUUCUUCACAGAGGCUUUUACCUUGCACUUUUCAAGCACCUUUACUUCUUGGAGAAGAGAGGCUGUCCGCGAACGGCCCUUGAGUUCUGUAAACUCAUCCUCAGGUGAGUACUGUGCGCCUUUCUUUCCAAGUUCAGGAAUUGUUUUCCCUGUAACUGUCUGUAAAUACUGAUCGCUUUUGCUAGUCACAGUGAUGUUUAAUAAUAAUUCUUCUUUGAUGCAGCCUUGAUCCAGAAAACGACCCCCUCUGUAUGCUGCUGCUUAUUGAUUUCCUGUCACUGCGAAGCCGCGAGUACAGUUUCCUAAUCCGCAUGUUUGAUGAGUGGGAGGUAAGUUUCGUGCUGGGUGCAGUUCCCCCUGGAGGACAAGCAGAUGGCUGAGAACUAUUUAUACAACGAUUGAUUAUUGAACAAAUACACCUUUCUGUACAGACUUCAGUUUCCCAUAUAACCAGUCCUCUAACACUAUGUCUGUGCCUUGCAACACUAUAGUUUGCUUUAACUUUUACAAAAUCCCACCCCCAGCAUGUCCAUUAAAUGCCUUCUUACCUUCCAGGAUUGGUCAAGUAAACGUCUGUGCAAUCCUACAUCAGAAAUUUAUGGCCAAGAGAAGAAAUGUACAGAACGCCUCAUACUAUGACCAACUCAAACACUUACACGGGUUAUAAAGCCAUCGACCAAAAAAAAAAUAUCUUAUUAAACUUGCCUGUGAGCCAGCUCUGAGACAGUGUGCACUCCGAUCCUGCACCCGUGAGAUCAUCAUACUUGGUGACUUGUGCCGAGUUAUAUGUCCGGCCAUGGGUCACACAAUAUAUAAUCUAAUUUCUUUUAAUCCAGUGAUCCUAGUGGAAGUUAUGAUGAUAGAAGAAAAUGGAUGAGACAGAGCUGAUCAACUUAAGGCAGCAACCCUUAAAGGGGAAUCCAUCAAGAUACCCUUAAGACAAGCUAGUUAAAAGUAACCGUUAAAAAAGGCUGCGCCACAUAAAAUCCAAAUAAGAGUCCAAAUUGUGUGUCCUUACGGAUAGUCUUUGUGGGAGGCUGGUAAGAUGGUAGAUUCUUCAAAUACAAUAGUGGGUCCUCUUAUAUGAAAGAGAGAAAAGAGGGACAACCAAUAGUGCAGUAUGUUAGGCUCACAUUUAGACGUAGUAAGAGAUAAUGAUGGAAAACUCACAUUUGCGAGAGCUUAUAUCCAGCUCUGAGGUAAAGCGCACACAGUGGUAUAAUCCCAGCUUAUGGGAUAUAUGGUGGGAUAUCUCUCCGUCAGGGGUAACCAAUUCUCGAGGAGAAGAAGAAACAACCAAUAGUGCUCACUGUAUAGCAAUGUUAGUAUAAAUUAAAUAAAAACAUACUUACAAAUAGAGAGCAGGCAGACUGCUCUAUGAUGUCAGCGUAAGUGGAUUAAUCCCCACUUAGGAUUUCUUGGGGUACUGGAGUCUUCCAAUUAGUUGGUACAACCAAAAAUGGUUAAAAUUAUAAAAUUAUAUAGUAAAAUGGAAUAAAAUAAAUAUAAAUAAAAAGCCAGGGUAAAAAUAAAAAAGGUUGUAUAUAAAAGGGAUAAUUGGCACAAAUAAAUAACCAAAUUAACUUUUAAUACAAUAAUACACAAUUUUAAAUAUCCACUAACUUUUAAUACAAUAAUACACAAUUUUAAAUAGCCAUUUUGGUUACCCCUGACGGAGAGAUAUCCCACCAUAUAUCCCAUUAGCGGGGAUUAUACCGCUGUGUGCGCUUUACCUCAGAGCUGGUUAUAAGCUCUCGCAAAUGUGAGUUCUCCAUCAUUAUCUCUUACUACGUUCAGAUGUGAGCCUAACAUACUGCACUAUUGGUUGUCCCUCUUUUCUCUCUUUCUUAUAAGAGCACCCACUAUUGUAUUUGAAGAAUCUACCAUCUUACCAGCCUCCCACAAAGACUAUCCGUAAGGACACACAAUUUGGACUCUUAUUUGGAUUUUAUGUGGCGCAGCCCUUUUUAACUGUUACUUUUACCUAGUGGAAGGUAGUCUGACUGCUACGAAAAGGCAUAAAAACUAGAUCCUAACAUAAAAUUACAAUUCUUUAUAUAGAUCCGUCAUAUUCUUCAGCACAGUACAAUAAGAAACAAGACAAACAUUUAAUUCUAAUAAAAUCUGUAUGACAUGCUGUAAUAGUCGGUGAAGAGAGCCCUGCCCAAAUGUACUGAUGAUAAAUACGAUGAAUGUAUAGUGGCUGACGAAUUCCCCUGGCCAGCAUUAUAUGUCUGCCAGAAACUGGCACUGAGCUAGACAUGUAAGGCACAUACACCCCGUCCUCUGCUCUUUAAACCAGUAAACAGAUUGAUGUGUGGGACUUUAAUGAUGCAUUCUGGGUGUCCAUGUUAUUGUGUUCCCAUUGACCUGUCAAUCACUCAUACCAAAGACCAGUUCUAUACACUGGCUUGUGGUUGCUUGUAUUCCUUUGCAGGACUGUAGUUCGUAGAUUGUCGACAUACCCAUUGUGAACUCUAGUCUCCUUGUGUGAAGCGUUAUUAGAUUCCACUUCUGAUUUCCAGACUCAUCGGAACUUAUCUCAGCUCCCAAACUUUGCAUUUUCUGUCCCCCUGGCCUUGUUCCAUGUCGGCCAGCUGGACGACCUUUCUGAGGAAGAAAAGCGAACGUCCACCGAUCGAGCAAACUCCCUCAUUCGGCAAGCUCUGAUAAUGUUCCCAGGAGGUAAGCAUUUUAUAUUUGCCUUUAAAUGAGUAAGGUUAAGGUUUGUCGAAGUUGUGCUAGUCGGACACACUAAUGUCUGAAUAUUUCCUAAACUUUGAAUGAGAUCCGUCUUUAAUCUUUCCAAGGUCAAUAAAACAAGUACUUGUUAGUACUUGGAAACUGGUGACAAUCUAAAUGUAUAUUUUGGAUUAAAUACUUUGCUGUUAAUGCAAGUACAGACCUGGCACUUCUGUUUUGUUCAGGCUCUCAUAGCUUGAUAUUUGAGAUAUAAAGUGCCCUGAUCUCCCCUUGUUUCUCUCUUUUGGCCAGUUCUCUUGCCGCUUUUAGAUUCCUGUGGAGUUCAGCCAGAUGCCGAUGUCACUAACCAUAAGUAUUUUGGUGAAAUGGUAAAGUCAAGGUAAGACUGGUAUUGAAAAUGGUCUAUAUAACAUCUUAGAGUCAAUACAUUGUGUGUGUGUGUGUGUGUGUGUGUGUAUGUAUAUGUAUGUGUAUAUAUGUAUAUGUGUGUGUAUAUAUAUAUAUUUUUUUUUUUUUUUGAGUUUCUCACCAAGCAAGUAAAGUGUAUAUUUGGCAUUCCACCAGUUGGUGAUAAGGUUAUAGAUUAUACACGUCUUAACUGAAUUCUGUUCAAAGUCAUUACUGUUAAAUUACAUGAAGCUUGGACAGGAACGUUGCUCUCCAUAUCUAUGGUUGGGACACCAACUCUGAUAUAUUAAAUAUAUUGUGUACCAGAGUUGGUGUCCCAACCAUAGAUAUGGAGAGCAACGUUCCUGUCCAAUACCAUGACAUAUAUAUAUAUUUACUCAUUGUAUUAACUAGUCACAGACUUCAGGUGGAACGGGUUUUCAAUCACAGUUUUUUUUCUCCACCAUAACCUAUUUGGUUUUUGCUUCCCAAGCACUACCAAGCCAGUAACAAACCUCAUUCUGAUGAUUUGCAUUAACAAUAAAACGGCUGUCCGUGAGUGGUUCACUGGCUUUGUAUCUUUUCCUAGGUUGUGUUUCAAUGCUGUUGUAUACAGCAAACACAGACUCAAAGGAAUCCAUGUUUAAAAUGGAAUGAGGCAAAAAUGUGAUUCUGUGUUAAACUAAUUUGCAUAUGCUCACCCAGAAUCCUUUGCGGUAGUAACAUCACAGCAAAUUGGAGAUUUCUGUUGAAAAAGAAAGUCUUAUGGCUUAACUGAUGUUACACACAGAUAUUCACAUUGUAAUAACUAUCCACAGACUUCAGGUGAAAGGGGUUUUCAAACACACUCUCACUUACUCUAUAUGGGGAACUUUCACUGGUUAUUUACUAAACUGUGAGCCAUGGUGAGAUGUCUGACUAGUAAAAUUUGUCCUGAAGGUCUGCGUUGGAAAGCAUGUAACCUCCUUUUUGUUUUAAAGGGAAACUAUAGUGCCAGGAAAACAAGCUUUUCCUGGCACUAUGGAUGUCCACCUUUGUCAAGGCCCCUCCCGCAACGCUGAAGGUAACUUACCUGGGUUCAACGCUGAUAUCCCUUGGCGCUGGCUCAGCUCCAGCCACGCUCCUCCCCCUACCCCUCACCUGGUAGACAGCCACUAGAGGAGGAGUUAACCCUCAGAGGUUUGUAAAAACUGCAAUAAUUACCACUGCUGGGUUAAGGGUGAUGGGAGUUUGCACCAAGACUACGUCAAUGAGCUGAGGGGUCUGGGUGCCUACAGUGUCCCUUUAAUGAUCCUGUUUUUUGAGGCCACCAUUGUUUUUGUGUGUGUGUGUGUGUGUGUGUGUAUUUAUUAUGUUGUGGUGUGUGUGUGUGUAUAUAUAUAAUGUUGUGGUGUGUGUGUGUGUGUAUAUAUAUUAUGUUAUAGGAUCAGUUGCAGGAGCUGUCAGCCACUUUUGAUGAGUUUGUGACUUUCUGGCUGUAAGUUCACCUUAUAUUGCACUGUGAGAGUUUAUUGUACUUGACCAGUUUCCACAAAUGCUGACCUCCAUUUCCUUUGUGUAAAAUCUGUAAACACAAAGCAAGAAUAAAGCCAUUGCUUAGUAUGUUAUUUUUUGCAAUUGUGUCUUCUUAAAGGAAGUAAAACCAAGAACAAAUUAAAAACAAAACCGCGUAAGGCCGUUUAUUUUGAUAUGAAGUUGGUUGAUAGGCAUUAUCUGUUCUUAAAAUCUGGCUUUCCGUUUGGGGAUUCUGUUGUUUAGUAUAUCCGAGCCCAACAGUUCCUCUAGCCAUUGCAAGUGAAAGGUGUAAAUCUGGUGAAAGUAGAGUUUCUGUGUCAUGCUCCCUCCAGUCUUGCAGAGGUCCUGCCUAAUAGCGUACGGCUUGAAAUUUUAAAGGUACACUAAAGUCACCAGAACAACUACAGCUUUAUGUACGAGGAGAUGCUGAUUGGCCAGAGUGGCAUUUGGCUCCGCCCCCUGCAACACAUCCUUGGCUGAGAUUAUCACAAUUGACUAGCUCAGCCAAUCCAAUGUUUCCUAUGGGUAACAUUAUCAAUGCUAUUUCUUGCGGAUCGGGGACGGGCCAGAUGUGAGGAGCCCAACGUGGAAAAAAGGUGAGUAAAUCACCUUUCUACCAGGAGUUAAAGAGGGAAGGGGCUGGUUACUAUAGUGUCAGGAAUACACGUUUGUUUUCCUGACACUAGUGCCCUUUUAAGCCCUUCAUAUAAUUUGUUUUCACUGUAUCAAAAUAAAAUGCUCCAAUCGGUUUAUAUGAGACUAAAGUAAAUCAAAAAGACUAAUUGAUCCUCCGUCAAUAUUAACAGUAAAGACACAUUUCUUUCUCUGUACAGCAACAUCAGGAUUUUCUAUCCUGGUGAAUGAAUGAUCCACACGCAAGUGAUGUGUAGGGCUCACCUCCUUUUUCUUUGUAAUUCCUCUACAUACAGGCAGACGGCUGCCCUGACCCAGCUUAUUUCUUUAUACAUCGAACGAAGUCAUAGUCUUUGGAAGGAAGCUGCUGUAAUUUCCUGGCUGGAGACAAACGUGCACGAGGUCCUCCAUCUUCUGAACAGCGACAACCCCUUCAUACAGGAGUGUGAACAAAGGUGAAAAUUCAGCACUAUGUAGUGUCAUGAAAGUAACUCCCUGGUGAAUUUGCACUGUGUACUACAUGAUUGUAUGUAGUGUAAAAUACAUAUGAUUUUGCAGAUCACAUGAUUAUCUAUGUAAGCAAUAAGAUUAGGCCUUCCAUGUUGCACAUAUAGUGUGUGACUUGAGAGAUUUAUAGCACAUGUGAUACAUUGCAUGUUGCAUCCUAACUGUUCUGAAACUUGGUGCUGUUACUAAGGAUAAUUUCCUCAUAGAACAACUAUUAAAGAGACACUCUAAACAUCAUACCAACUUUAUCUUAAUGAAGCAGUGGUGUAUAGAGCAUGCUCUGCAGUCUCACUGCUCAAUUCUCUGCCAUUUAGUUGUUAAAUAAUUUUGUUUCUGUUUAUGCAGCCCUAGCCACACACCCCUGCAUGUGACGGACACAGCCUGCAUGGAAAAAAAUGGUUUAAUGUUCUUGAUAGUUUUUAUAGGUUAUGAAAAGAAGAGAACACAGUAAGACUCACAGGUCUUAAUACUCAAAAAGUACAGGUGGUCUCGCAGGAGCCCUAAUGUAACAGAUAAAGUUACAAUCUAAGCCCUGCAUGACUUGCAGGUCACGAUGACCAGUCAUCCAAGUAGUUCUACCCCUGACUUUAUUUGCCAUUCAGUUCCAUACGUGCGAUUAAUGGUUAUAUUAACAAUUAACUUGUGCAUUUUGUAGGCAGUUGCUUACAAAUCUCAGGUCCUUUAAUCGAGGUAUGAGUGGGGCACACCAUAUCCAAGGGAUUAGCAACUUACAGGUUGUAAGAACACCCAUUGCAAGGCUCGCAAGUCCCUGAUAUAACAUCUGGGUUCCUAGGCUAAUCCUCCCACUCUGAAAGCUGGCUACUAAAUUCUGAGUUAUUCUGAACUGUGUAGAACAACAGAUUUAAAUCUGAGUACCUAAUGUGGUAAUUAUAUAACCACACAAUCUAAAUCAGGAAGGAUUGAGGAAUCUAAAUGGGAAGACUCAUGAGCCCGCGAGCUAGUUAAACCCUUAAUUAAAAGCAAUAAAGGAGGUGUACACAUUAGAUCUCUCUUUACAGGAAGUGUGUAAGGAGACUGUGUGAUUCAUAGCCAGGGGAGAUGUGAUGAGGGCUGUAUAAAGAGGGGUUUUCGUCCUAAAUGGCUUUGAAUUGAGUAGUGAGACUGGAUGGGAAAUUCUCUAUUAACCAAAAGCACUCGAUUUUAGCUAAACUUGUUUGUGAGCUUAUAGUGUUCCUUUAAAUUUUGUCUUUUUUGAGUUCUUUGCCCUUGGAGAAAUACAUGUAAACAUUAACUUCCCACAGCAGAAUUCCUGUGACAUAAAAGCUUUACUACUGAACAGAAAUAGAAGACCCAAGCUAAUGCCGCCCGGGGCAGUGGGAUCUUGUGAGACUCUCUUCUAUUUUGUCUCUUUGCGUUUUUUCUCUUGUUUGUUUUUUUUCCAUUGCCAGGAGGAAGGUGCGGUAUCAGAGUGCACCCAGAAAUAUACUUCGUCAUAUCAUCCUGUCUGAGAUCAAGGGGGUUAGCAUAGCAAUGCAUCUGGUGAGUAAUCCACUGGCUGCUGGAAACUCAUACUUCGUUACAUUAUCACAGAACGCAGCACAAAAAUUUACAGGAUAGCUUUUAAAUGUUAGAACAUAGUCUGAGAAAUGUGUGCGUAGCCAUGCAUCAAGCCACACCCUCUAAAAGUCUCUCUUUUUGGACAUUUGACGGGUAGGACUGCAGGGAUGAGAGGUCUGCUGGAAAUGUAAUCCUUUAGGACCCAUGUCACAAUCCUGACCAUGUAUCAGUGACACUUCUUAAACGAUGCUAUAGCAGACCUGAACAACUUGGCAGUAGGUAGGGGCCAAAAUGAAAUAGACUAAAGUUCUUCAGGCCGCAGAUAAGUUUAGCUCCUCACUUUCCAAGAAGUGGUAUAAAAUUACAUAUAAAAUUACAGGUCUACACAGACAAAGGCAGACACACAGAUGCACACAAUGACAGGAGCACACACACAUACACAGACACUGACAGAUACACAGGCACAUGCUGGUCAAAAUAUACUUUUAUAGCCACCUUCCAGUUUCCUAUCUUUUGGGUGCUGGAGAGUGGCUUUCCUUGUGUCCAGGCUGAGGAUGUUGGAAAUUAGGGGCUGACUCUUGCAGCCUCCACCCCAUCCGCUCCGCCUUCUUCUCUCUGCUCCCUCCGUGUAACUCUAGUCUCUCCUGGCCCCCUCCUCAGAGGAUCCUCCCGCGUGUGAUAGAAUACAGUCUCUCAGAGGAAGUGACACGUGGCACUUACCUCCUCCCAUGCUGCCGGGAAACAGCCCCUGACCGCACCCCUGCUCACACGUGCCAACCGAAAGGCCAUAAGUGCGUGGGCCACCCAAUGGGCCUCCAACGUGUGCAGUUGCACUGGCGGUUGUUCGUCGCAGGCCACCUGAAAUCCUUUGGGGGGUUGCAUGUUGUGCAUGUCUGCACUAUAGUAUUAGGUAUACAAUCCUCAGCCCCUAGCUCUACACAUAAAAUCAUUUACUUGACGUUUUCCAUCUCCGAGGCUCCCAUGAUUCAGCUUACCUCUCCACCAUCUGCAUUAUCAUGGAGUAGAUGGCAUCCUUCGCAAUGGUCCAAUUCAGUGCAACUCGAAGAGUAGAAUUGGGGUCCUAGUGUGCAUGCAUGGCAUAUGCUUCACGCACAUUCAAGCUUCCCCUUUGGAAAGCAUUGAAUAAGUGCUUCCCAAUGGGGGCUUCCACAUCACGCUAUCAACUUUUACUUUGUCAGUGCAGAAGAUGCCCCUCUAGUGGCCAUCAGGAAGAGACAGCCACUAGAGGUGGAUUUAACCCUUCAAUGUAAACAUUAUGGUUUCUAAAAAAAACUGCAGUGUUUUACAUUUCAGAGUAAAGACAGGGACACUGCACCCAGACAUGUCACUGAAAUACUUUCAUCAUUGACCUGAGGUGGUCUGGGUGACUAUAGUGUUCCUGUAAGUCUGGUUCUGAGGGAUAUAGUGUUCGUUAAUGUGCCUGUGUGUACCCAUGGCUUGGCUUAAAGGACCACUAUAGGCACCCAGACGACUUCAGCUUAAUGAGGUGGUAUGGGUGCCAGGUCCUUCUAGGGUUAACCUUUUUUUUUUUUUUUUUUAUAAACAUGGCAGUUUAAGAGAAACUCAUUGACAGCCGCUAGAGGCGCUUCCGCGCUUCUCACUGUGAUUUUUACAGUGAAAAGACGCCAGCAUCCAUAGGAAAGCAUUGUGAAUGCUUUCCUAUGGACUGGCUGAAUGCGCGCAGAGCUCCUGCCGCGCAUGCGCAUUCAGCCGAAGAGGAGGAGGAGAGCAGCUCCCCGCCUGGCGCUGGAGAAAGAGGUAAGUUUAACCCCUUCCUCUCCAUCCAGCCCGGUGGCAGGGGGACCCUGAGGGUGGGGGCACCCUCAGGGCACUAUAGUGCCAGGAAAACAAGUGUUUUCCUGGCACUAUAGUGGUCCUUUAAGUGCCUCCAAUUUCACAGGACCUCUGGCACUUCAUAAUGUUUGAAAAGAACUUCAACUGAUAGCUCUGUUUACUCUAUAGGAAAAAAGGGAUAUUCAGAUACAAUACAAACUAUUGAUGUGUGCUAUAUAAAGUCCAGUCUAUUAAAUGUUAUUUAACUACAGGAACUGUAAUGGGGGCUUUUCUGCUGUUUAGUGCCUCGAGGCAAGUAAGACAGACAUGUUUUGUUCUCUCUCCAGGAAGUGUCCACGCAGCCUGUGCUAGGAUUUGAUCCUCUUCCUCCUGUUGAUUCCAUUGUGUCCUACUCCAGGCCGGAAAGGUAAUCAAUCUACCUAAACUACAUGUGAGAAAUUCCAAUUCAUGCAUUCACUGACUGAGAGGGGUCACUCUGCUAAAGAUGGAUUAUAAGUGUCACUUCCUAGAAGUUCUCUGCUUAGCGUGAAUAGCUAAUAACAAACGACUGAUACAGGUAGCAUCUCAGAAAUAAAGGAAAGGAACACAGCCUAGCAUAUAUACAGACUUGGCACUGUAAUAAACGUUCCUAUGCUAGGAAAAAAAAAGUUCUGUGUCCCAGUGAAGGACUAGCAAUGUCCCAUAAGAUGCCAGUAUCUUGGUCCAUCAGUGUCCCUGUAACAUUCUCCAUAUGGAUGAGUUUUGUAGAUUACACCAUGCCACAUUUUAUAAUCUAGGUAGCACAUGAUGCAUGGGUAUUUGCGUCUCCGGGUGAUCUUCCUGUCCAGGGUGGCAGCUGAUUUAGUCACUUGCUGCUCCGGGCAGAAGUGCCAGGAACAAGUCACCUGGAUAACCUUUUUCAGAAGGCUGCAGACAGCUGAUCCUGUUAGCCUGGUUUGGUGACCAGUCACAGGCAGUGUUUACCAUUCUGGACUAUGUCAUACUCGCACUUUUAGAAAUUAGGCAAUUUGGGAUAUUCCAGCCUUCUGCAGAUGUCCAGCUUGUCUAAACUAUUGGGACUGGGAAAACUGCUACAGGGAAAUGGGGUAAUAUCCAAUCCACCAAUCACCAAUCAGAGAGAUGGACUGACAGACCUAUAUGGUAGAGAAAGCCAGAUGGCAAAUCUGCUGGUACUUUGAGUGCUCAUUGAAAUGAGGUGUGGUUUAUUUUCUGAAUUCAUUUAAUUUGUAAAUUCUUCUUUUCAGGACUAACCGAGCGCCUAAUGAAGGAACCUUAUCACUUUUCUUCCGAUCUCUUUUGCCAAACUUCAAUCUGCAGGUUGUACGUCAUGUUUUC